GCCGCCGCCGCCGUGAGCCCGCGCACCCCCGCGGCCGGCGGGGCCCCGCUGGGCGCGGGAGCGCCAUGGUGAGGAGCAGGGCGCUGUGGAGCUGCUGCGUGCAGCUCGCCGCGCUGCCCUCGGCGGCGGGCUGGUCAGGUGGGAAGCCGCAGCCGUUCAACGGCUCCUGCUGGAGAGCCGCGGAGCCGCCGCGGAGGGGGUGGAGCGGCACUAUGGAGGAGGAGGAGGAGGAGGACGAGACUCCUCAGGGGCAGCAGCAGCAGUCCGGGAGUUCUCCUCAAAAAGAUAUGGAUAAGAAAACAGAUGAAGAGCAGCCUUUGACUGCGUGUAACCAGUAUCCUAAAGAAGUGGUGAGGAAACGCCAGAAUUCAGGUCGAGGUUCCAGGGGCAGCAAUUCUUCCAGGACCUCCAGGAAAAGCUUCAGGCUGGACUACAGAUUAGAAGAGGAUGUGACUAAAUCAAAGAGAGGGAAAGAUGGGAAAUUUGUCAACCCGUGGCCAACGUGGAAAUCGCCAACCUUGCCAAAUAUUUUGAAAUGGUCCCUCAUGGAAAAAAAUAACAGCAAUGUGCCAUGCUCAAAGCAGGAACUCGAUAAAGAGCUUCCAGUGUUAAAACCUUAUUUUGUUCAAAAGCCGGAACUUGCUGGGAAGACAGGAACUGGUAUGCGAGUCACAUGGUUGGGACAUGCCUCAGUUAUGGUGGAAAUGGAUGAACUUAUAUUUCUUACUGACCCAAUCUUCAGCCAGCGAGCUUCCCCUACUCAGCUGGUGGGUCCCAAGCGCUUCCGAGGACCUCCGUGCACAGUAGAGCAGCUCCCCAAAAUAGAUGCAGUCAUGAUCAGCCACACCCAUUAUGAUCAUUUGGACUACAACACUGUAACGAGUUUAAAUGAACGCUUUGGGAGUGAGCUGCGCUGGUUUGUGCCUCUGGGGCUCUUGGACUGGAUGCAGAGAUGUGGUUGUGAGAAUGUGAUUGAACUGGAUUGGUGGGAAGAGAACUGCGUCCCUGGUCACGAUGCGGUAACUUUUGUCUUCACUCCUUCUCAACAUUGGUGCAAAAGGACUGCGACAGAUGACAACAAGGUUCUUUGGGGCAGCUGGUCUGUCUUGGGACCUUGGAAUAGGUUUUUCUUUUCAGGAGAUACUGGAUAUUGUGUUGCUUUUGAACAGAUAGGUAAAAGGUUUGGGCCUUUUGAUCUUGCAGCCAUCCCCAUUGGAGCUUAUGAGCCAAGGUGGUUUAUGAAAUACCAGCAUGUGGAUCCUGAAGAAGCAGUAAGAAUCCAUAUUGAUGUUCAAGCAAAGAAGUCUGUAGCAAUUCAUUGGGGGACCUUUGCUUUAGCAAAUGAGUAUUACUUGGAUCCUCCAGUUAAACUGAACGAAGCUCUUGAAAGAUAUGGCUUAAAACAAGAAGACUUUUUUGUCUUAAACCAUGGAGAAUCACGGGACUUGAGUACCAAUGAUGGGUUUGAAUAAUGAAACAGUAGCAGUUCUUGUAAGCCCUGUUUGAUUUGAACUAGUAAUUAAUGUUACAAAUAUGAAUAUGAUGUACUUACAAAGUAGAUUUAUUGGAGUGAAUUGGAUUUUUAGAUGCCAGGUUUGUCAGUUUCAGAACUAAAACUUGCACAAUAAAUUUUACUAGUUCUAUUGUUUAUAAAUUUUGAGGGGUGAUCUAAAAACUGGUUAAUAUAUAAGGUAUUGUCUGGGAAUAACUUGCAGUUUCAACUCUUGUAUAUGCCACUGAUAAAUUACUGUUUUUUUU